AUGGCUUCAGGUGAUGACAUUCCCACAUUUAAGUUGGUGCUUGUUGGCGAUGGUGGAACAGGCAAAACUACAUUUGUUAAAAGGCAUCUGACUGGGGAAUUUGAAAAAAAAUAUGUUGCUACGCUUGGUGUUGAAGUCCAUCCACUUAUAUUUCACACAAACCGAGGUCAAAUUCGCUUCAAUGUUUGGGACACUGCUGGACAAGAGAAAUUUGGUGGAUUAAGAGAUGGCUAUUAUAUCCAAGGACAAUGUGCCAUUAUAAUGUUUGACGUAACAGCACGUGUUACUUACAAAAAUGUUCCAAACUGGCAUCGUGAUUUAGUGCGAGUAUGUGAAAAUAUUCCAAUAGUACUGUGUGGAAAUAAGGUAGAUGUGAAAGAUAGAAAAGUCAAAGCGAAAACAAUCACAUUUCACCGGAAGAAGAACUUGCAGUACUAUGAUAUAUCCGCUAAAAGCAACUACAAUUUCGAGAAACCAUUUCUUUGGCUAGCCCGGAAACUGUUAGGUGAUCCGAAUCUAGAAUUUGUUGCUAUGCCUGCACUUGCACCGCCAGAAGUGCAGAUGGACCCGUCAAUGAUUGCACAAUACGAACAAGAAAUUGCUGCAGCUGUGAAUGCCGAACUUCCCGAUGAUGAUGAAGAUCUUUAA